CGACGCGUAACGCCUCCAUCUACCCUCGAGAUACUUCGUCGCAUACGAGUGCCGACUCGAUCCUUCACUCUGUACGGCUUUCCUCUCGGCGCCCACCAUGGCCGACCGGCCGUCGACGCCACCUCGAGGUGGCGCUCGCCCGCAGGCUCCCAUGACGCCUGAACAAGUGCGGCGCAUGGAAGAAGCGCGUCUGAAAGCCAAAGCUCUCCGAACUGCCGCCGACGCUGCGAAACCUCCACCUGCCCUGAGCAAAACCGCCCCCGCAAGCCUCAAGCGCGCCCACUCCUCCAUAUCCUCCUCCACAGUUCCUCCGACCCUUCGCGAUGCCUCCAAGAUCACACAACCUUCCGAUCCCACUCUCCAGCCGGCCAAGAAAUUCGCCCGCGAUGCCUACAUCGAAUAUGACUUUAGCAAGAUGACAGAUACAAAGGGCGGUUUCCUUUCGAAAGAAGACGAUCCACACAACCGUGCCAUGCGAUCGGGGAGGCGAGAGGAAGAGAAAGAAGAGAAGCCGGCGCAUAUGACAUUAGCGGAGUGGGAACGGCAUCAAACGAUCAAGAAGCUGCGGGCGGCACGGCAAGGGCCGUUUGAGCCCGGGAUCAGCGUGCUGAAUCUGGAUAAUAGUGCAAAAGAUGGCAAGGACCAAUGUAGAGAAUGCGGGAGUCUGGAGAUCGACUGGAAAUGGGAAGAAGUCUUCGGAGUCAGCGUUUGCGCGCGGUGUAAAGAGACCAUACCGGAGAAGUACAGCUUACUCACGAAGACGGAGGCGAGGGAAGAUUAUCUAUUGACGGAUCCUGAACUCAAAGACGAAGAACUCCUCCCGCAUCUUUCUCGGCCGAAUCCCCACAAAUCCUCUUUCCACGACAUGCAGCUCUUCCUGCGUUUUCAGGUGGAAGACUACGCCUUCAGCCCGAAGAAGUGGGGCUCUCCCGAGAAUCUCGAUGCGGAGUUCGAGAAGCGGCAGACCGUAUCCAAAGCCCGCAAAGAGAAAAAAUUCAACUCGAAGCUGGCUGAUUUGAAGAAGCGCACCCGCGUGGAAGCAUACAAGCGGAGUAAGCUUGCGGCAGCGCGUGGUGAGGGGGGCCGCGAAGCGCAAUUCGGCGACAAGGUCACAAGGUAUGGCGAGCGGCAUGAGCAUGAGUGGGGUAGAGCUGUGCUGGAUCCGGAGAGUGGAAUGAGCAAAAAAACGUGUGUGGAUUGUGGCAUGGAGAUUGAGGAACUGGAGUUUUAAUGCUAAUGAAUGAUGUCUAAUCCUCCUACGUGAUUCGCAUCCUGCGGCUUGUCACGUUGAACCUUGAAGCCAGGUCGCAUCUGUGACCGCCUCUGACGGCGGCACUAUAGUAGCGAUCGCAAUCUCCACC